AUGAUUGAAGUUGUUACCUUAGUAGAAGAUUCGGUGGUGGAGGAAUCGCGGCGGCAGGGAGGAUUCGGUCGUGGAGGAUUCAAUGGUGGAGGCUCCGGUGGUGGAGGCCAUAGGGGUGGCCGGCACGGUGGUGGAGGAAGGCACAGGGGAGGCGGCGGAGAUGGGGGAAUGCCCGCGGAGAUGGGGGAACGGCGAUGGAUGUCCGACGGGGGCGGAGGGAGUGGUGGAGGAGGAGAAUUAGGGCUUUGGGAUUGGGGGAGGAAGGAAAUGAAUUGGGGAAAGAAGGUCAACGCUUUUUAUACCCCACGACACUCAGAUUUGACAAAUCCGAGACUUCUCCUUUAG